AUGCCUGAGAAUCAAUUUAGCCAGCCUUUUGUUCACUAUGGGGUAUGCCACCGAAGACACUCAGUGGAGGAUCCACUCUGGUUGACGUCGUGUGCCCAUUUACUAUGUCAGGCUCAUUUGACGCCCACGAAAGUGUGUGGUGUCUGCGGUACACGAGAUAUAUCUUGUCUUCGGUUGACCAAUGACAAACCACUACCUAAUGAAGUGGAUGCAUACUUCCAACCUAUUUCUGGUUUAGUUGAGAACAUGUACAAUGUAUGCCAAUUUCAAUAUGUAGGUCUUCUCGAUCAGUGUAACUAUUACCAGAAGAUCAGUAUUACUCUGAAGGAGAAAUGCAACAGGCAACAGCAAUUGCUUUACAAAGCUAAACAAGAGUUGGAUAAUAUUCCGAGAUUAAAAAGAAGAAUAGACGAAUUGGAAUCACUUCUGAAGGAAGGCAAUUAUGGUAUCAAGAAAUCUAAGGAUAACUGGACUCAUACCAAGAGAUCUCUCCCACAGACAGUCGACUUGACUAUCGAAAAUACUGAUCAGGAAGAAGAUCAGAAUUUUAUUCAAAAAUUGAAGAAUAAUACAGGGUUGAGGAAAAUUACCCCAAAAGUUGCGCCAAAUAAUAUUUCUGCUGAAAGCAGUUCACAUAAAAUGUCAAUUACACCGGGCAUAUUUGCCAUGGCAGAGUCGACACAAUUAAUUUCAAAUCAAACAACAACCUCUUCAGUAAACAACAACCAAUUAAAAUUCAAAACCAACAUACAUAGAAGCCCAAGCUCUAAUAUCAUGACUAAAGAUUCACAACCUAGCAAUCAAAUUAUGCCACAAGUACUCAAUAAAUUAACUAUGUUGAAAAGAAAUAACACGGUUUCAACAUCAAAUUUAGAAAAAUCUAAUACUCAGAUGGCGACUCAUAGAUCAUACUUAGGAACCUACAAUCACCCUAAUUCUACAAUGCUAUUGAACAGGCGCCGAGCAAAUUCACAGCAACAACCGAAAUCAAGUAAACAAAGUAACUUCGAAAUGUUACGGCGAGUUCCAUCAAGCAAUAAAAACGGAAGAUAA